AUGGCGAGAAUGCCUGGCAGCGGCGGCGGCGGAGAGUGGAGCGGAGGGGGAGGCGGAGGCGGCGGCGGGAACAAUGCCGGGGACCGGCCGCCCGGCCGCGGCGUUGCCCCCCGCCCGCAUCGCUACUGCAGCGCAGGCGAGGAGGAGGAGGGCGAGGAGGAGGAUGAGAUCCAGGAGGUGCAGAUAACGGGGGACGAGGAGGAGGAGGACGGAGCCGAUGGGGGGCUGCUGCUGGACGAGGAGGAGGAGGAGGAGGAGGAGGAGGAGGAAGAGGAGAUGGGUCUGGAGUGGGACGGCGAGGAGGAGACGGAGCCGCUGCCGCCCGCCCCGGGCCGUACUCCGGGCGGCGGCGGCAGCGGCGGCGUCGGGGCGGCCCCGGGGGGCGCCGCGGUGGUUGCCCCGGGGGGUGGCGGCGGCGGUGGCCCCGGGGGGGCGGCGGAGGACGCGGAGCUGGAGGCGGCCCUGCUGUUGCAGCGGCCGGAGCGGGCGCGGCUGAGCGAGAACACGCGGCUGGCCACCCGCUACGCUGUGCGCAUCUUCCGCGAGUACCUGAGCGAGAAGGCACAGAGCCCCGACUUCGAGACGAUGGACAAGGGAGCGCUCUGCCGCGUCCUGCGCUCCUUCUACGCCGAGGCACGCUCCAAGAGCGGGCAGCUCUACUCCAAGUCCUCCCUCAUCAGCAUCCGCAGCUCCCUCAACCGCUACCUCAACGAGCCACCCUACUGCCGCACCCUGGACCUCACCAAGGACCCUGAGCUCCGAGCUGCCAACCUCACCCUGGCCGCCGUCAUCCGUAAGCUGGAAGAGCAAGGCGCCGGUCCGGUGGUCCAGAAGCAGGCCAUCACCCGCGCUGACCUCCGCAAGCUCUACACCUGCAGUGUCUUCAGCACCCAGAGCCCCUUUGGCCUCCUCAACAAGGUCUGGUUCGAGACCUGCAUGUAUUUCUGCACGCGGGGCCGGGAGAACCAGCGGGAGCUGGAGGAGGACUCUUUUGGGCUAGCUGUGGACGAGGAUGGACGCAAGUUCGUCUACUUCAAGGCACUGGGGCCCUACCACAAGUCACGCUCAUCCUCCUGGAGCAAGAAGCGGGCGGAGAGCAGCGACGAGGAGAACCUGCCUCGCAUGUAUGAGACUGGCACUGAGUUCUGCCCCUAUGCCAGCUUUGUCAAAUACCUUUCGAAGCGCAACCCCCUCUGCAAGGCCUUCUUCCAGCGCCCACGGGACCACUGCAGUGAGGGUGACAUCACCUGGUACGAGAACAAGGCCAUUGGCAAGAACCUCCUGGGCACCCGCAUGCAGAUGCUCUCCAAGGCAGCCAAGCUCUCAAAGACCUACACCAACCAUUGCAUUGGCGCCGUCUCCAUUGCCACCCUCAACAGCAUCGCUGGCAUCGGCACCAAGCUGGGGGGGCCGCAGCCGCCGCACCACCAUCCUCCUCCCCAUCACCACCACCACCACCUCCUCCAUCACCCCGCUGGCGGGGGCUGCUACACCCCUGCCGCCAUCAACGGUGGGCCCCGGCCUCGGCUACCCGCUGCCAACCCCUACAUGCUGCCCAAAGACGGUGAUGCCGCGUCAGUGAAGGCAGAAGCAGCCGCCGUGGCCCCGGCCAAGCGGCCCCUCUACGAGGCGGUGUUCCCCGCAGGGGCUGCGGCCGGUGGCGAUGCCUGUGGGCCCUCUGCCUCCCCCAAAAGACUCUGCCGCCGCCCCGCUGAACCCCUGGACGCUGCCGCGCCUGCCGUGGUGGUGGUCUCAGUGAAACAAGACCCCCUGCCUCACCUCCUCCCCGAAGCCAAUGGGCACAGAAGCACCACCUCACCCACAGUAGUUUCACCUGCUAUUGUUUCCCCCACACAGACCCAGUGGCACCAAUACCACCCAACUGUCUCCUCAGAAAUGUCCAUCGGUGUAAGGGUGAAGAAGCAGAAGAAAGGGCAUGGAUGUGUUCAUAUGUAAAGAAUUUUUACCCAAGAUCUGGGCAACUUUUUUGUGCUUCUGGGCUUUCCAGAGCAAAGAUGAAGAUGGCAUUUGUUAGCAUG